UGUGAGUCAUGUAAAUCAACGUUGUUUUGGUCUAAUCAGGGUUAAAUAUAGAGCACUAGUAAUCUGUGAGCAGCUGAGUCACUUCAAUACAAACCUGACCUUUAACCUGUUAACCUAUUAACCCCCACUGCGCAUGCUCCGUAUUCAAAACCAAAAUGGCGGAAUCAGAAGUAGUGAUCGUUGGCGAGACAUGGGAAACCACCGAGAAUUCUCUCUACGAAGAGAAAAAAGGGGCAGUGGUGGACAAGAUACAGAAGAGAGAGGAGGAGCUAGCAGAAAAGAGAGAGAAGAGGCGUCUGGAGAAAGAAAAGACGUCGGCAGAAGACGAAACGUCCGACUUCUUCGCGACUACGUUCCGGAAAGAGAAAUCCGCCAUAGAGAAGCUACUCGACGAGUCAGACUCCACCCCUAAAGAUGGCCUUUCCGAUCAUUUUGAUGUCAUCACGGCGGCCAUGCAGAAACUGCAGAAGUUUGUGACGGACUCUACAAGUUUUCUACCGAGUUACGACGUUCGCCAGGCGCAGGAUACGAUCGGCAACCUACAGGCCGCCCUGACCGAGAAGAGAGAGCAACUCAUCCCCAAGAAGAAAUUCGCCUUCAAGAAAAAGAAGGAAGGAGUGAAAGAGCCUAAGAAGAAAGCAACUAAGGUAGCCACAGAAGUAAAACCCGGGGUACAGGUGGCGUCAGUUGUUCAGAUAGAGUGUGGAUUCGCUGAUAAAGACUCUCAAACCCUGACUUUACAACCACGCGAGAUCGAAAACCAGGACGUCUCGCUCGCACGUCUGACGAACUGUACGGUGAAACUGUACGGUUCCGCCGGCACCGUGCACAUCUCUAACGUAACCGGAUGCCGUAUCUUCACCGGACCCGUCUCCAGGUCUAUCUUCGUGGACGAUUGUAAGGACACUGUGUUGGUGAUAGCCUGUCAGCAACUACGAGUCCACCACACCUUGGAUACAAGCUUCUACCUGCAUGUCACAAGCCGCGGGAUCAUAGAGGAUAGUACCCGGCUUCUUUUUGCGCCUUAUAACUGGGCGUAUCCAGAUAUGGGAGAACACUACAAGAAGGCUGGACUAGACAAGGAUAGAAACACGUGGGAUGAUAUAGAUGAUUUUAACUGGCUUGCCUCUGAUGCACACUCCCCAAACUGGGCUGUGAUGAAUGAAGAAGAUAGAGUGAGCAGCUGGGAACCCUAAACAGCUUUGUAGUGCUCAGGCCUAGGGAAAAAAUGUUGUGUUUUCUGUUUUCUUACCUAGUAACCUACCCUUGAAAAACCUGUAGACCCUAGCCUUUUUGGGGGGUGAGCCAGUUGAGUCACAUACUAGUAGUUUCCAGUAGAAUUUUGAUCUAGUCUGCUUCCUCAUCAAGUAAGAAAAACUACUUGUCCUAUCUAAUGAAGCAUAGAUAUGCCCACAGAUUUGUAACCUUAUGCAUGAAAUUAAAGAUCCAAAUAUAUAAUAAAGUGUCCUCAUGCAUUUCAGUAUUACUUUCAGUUUGUUAAACUGCAAGUUGUUUGUAUCACUAGAGUUUGGGCCAAAGUCUAAAAAAGAAAUCAUAAAAGACCAUCCGAUUCCCUCCCUCCCUCCCUCCAUAUCUUUUUCAGGACUGAAACAGGAAAAACAACAUUUUUCCUAGGCCUUAGCAAUGUUGCUUUGUGCCAGCCCUAUGCGUUCAAAAUCUCAGAUUUUCUUCUUUUUUCAGAUUUUCUGGUACAUGUAGCAAAGGAAUGUGUCCUUUCAGAGUUUUCACUACUAGGCUGAUACUAGGGGGCAGUACUAUUUUCCUGAUGUUUGUUUUAAAAUACGCCCCUAAAAUAUGGAAAUCGCCAUUUGAAUGUGAAAAUGAAAAAAAAGGAGUUUUAAUUAUAAUAACAAUGUACAAAACAAGUGUAAAGCUUAUGAUGAAAUCCUGACCAUUCAAAUGAUGUCUGUGGAAGAGAACUGUAAGGGGCAAGGGAAAAAAUGUGUUUCCUGUUACUUCACUGACUCUAGCACAAACCUACCCUCCCUAGGUAUGUUUGUGUUGACUGCUGGCAAGGUACAUAACAUGAUAAACAGGGCUCGAAAUAACACAUGCAUAUGCAGGUUAGUGCAGGUAAAAUUGGAGCUGUGCAGGUAUUUCUGGUUUCUACCUGUACCUAACGUGCACUGGACUAUGUACUGGGAUUUAUACGUAAAUGUCUUAUGAUGUAGGUGUAUGUGGAUUGUUAUCAGCUGCAUUGACUGUUACCACAAGUAUUAAAAAAAUAGCAAUGGUUCCUCAACAAUUUUAGUAUAAUCCAUACUUCCUACAUUCAGAUCUAGAGUGAUGCAGGUAAAAUUUGUCAGGUGCAGGUAAUUUUCAGUGUUACCUGCACCAGUGCAGGUAUACAGAAAAAAGUAUUUUGAGCCCUGAUAAACCUUUCGAUCUGAGUGAGUGAUGAAAUUGAAAACUUACCUCCAGUAUUUUAUACAACGAUGUAUUGAUUGUAUUUCAUAUAAUGCAAGGAUAUAUAAUAAACAUUGUGCUUUUUUGUUCAGUUUAUUGGUUUACUUGUGCUUGUCCAAAGACACUGCAAUAUAUAUCUUUGUAAUUAAUAUAUGAUAUUGGAAGUGCCAGAAUCAAAAGAUAAUUGCUCAAAUAUACUAUAAAUGCAUUGAUUGUGUUCAAGAAUUUUUUAUUGUCUACAAAUUUACAGUCUGUGGACAUAUUCUGCUGCUAAGAACUAUAGUAUGAUCUGCAUGUACCAAACCUAUUUCGUUUGAAAAUUUACCACAAGGUCUAAUUUAUAAAAGUGAAGAUUAUGUUGUUGAUGAGAUUCAAAAGGUAACAAGAAACAACUUCUCAAUGCUCAAUCCUUUUCAUUGGAUGUUCUGUUCUAACAGGGUUUUUUUUUUCAAUAGAAUUGAAAUGCUAGCCUCCAUAGCAGGCUCUCUAUGGCCUUUUUUGGCACUUGACAGCCGGCUGUCAGAAAAGGCCAGCAAUCAGCGACCCAGUACAAAAAGAAAUGGCCAGCAAAAGUGCCAAAAAGGUCAUAGAGAGCCUGCUAUGGAGGCUAUGAAAUGCAUUCAUGUCUUAACAGACAUAUCUUGAACAUUAAGAUGUAUAAUGACACUGUAGAGUCAGAAACUGAUCUGCAGGGCCUGGAGCUUCUCACAGCGAUGAAAGACAGACAGUUCUGGAAGACGAACUUUACUUGCUGCACCUCUUUAAAGAGGAUGAUAGAUGAAUUGAUGAUGAUGAUGAUGGCACUGUAUGAAAGCACACAUUAUAAUGACACUGUAACGCAGUCGAAAUAAACAAGACAUCCCACCA